AUGUCCGUUCACUUCUUCGGCGAGUCCCAUCGCACUUUUUUUGGGCAUCUGCACAUUGUGGUGAGUGGAAAUCGGAAGGAAAAUGGGGUUUUUUGGGGGGAAAAUUUUGAAAAAAAAAAAUAUUUUUUUUUUAUUUUUUUAUUUCAAAAAAUUAGAUAACAUUUUUUAAGAUAAUUUUGAGAUUUUUACCUCGCGUUUCGCAGAAUUUAUCGAAAUUUUUUAAAAAAAUCAAAAAAAAAAUUAUUUUUUUUUCAGUUUUCCAAAAAAUUUGGAAAUUUAUUCUGUGUAUAGCAAAAUAAUUCUACAAAAAAUUAAUUUUUUCCCCCUAAAAAUCGCGAAGAAACGGCCAAAAAAAUUUUUUUUUAUUUCCCGCACAGUGCAAAAAAAAAAUUUUUUGCACUGUGCAAUAAAACGUUUGAAAACACACCCUCCCCAACUUAUUUUCAUGUUUUUCCUCCAAAAAAUCGCUAAAAUCCAAAGCCAAACAGUUUUCUCUGACUGUCUCUCCUCAUUUGCUAUUGUCUGUCAGCUGCAGAAAACAUUGGAUAUCUCCGCCCUCCUUGCAAAUAAAGAGCUUAAAAUUUCCACAUUUGAUACGUGCCCUAUAGAGAUUUUAUGUUCAAAAUUUGAAGAAAAUCCAAGCAUUGGGCCUCGAGAAUUUCGCUGUUCUUUUAUUGAUGGUCUUUUGGAAACACGAAAAAAGUCUCCGCAUUUUUUGUCUGUUUUCCCGUUGACUCGUGGCCGGAAAACUUUGACAAAUUGCGGAGUGACAAGUGAAAAGAGGCAAUGCACUUGUUUUUUAGUGAUCAGGGAUUUGAUCUCUACGGAAAUUUUUUGAAAACAAAAAAGUUUAGGAAAAAUAAAAAAAAUUUUUUUUUGAUGAUACCCUGGGUUGAAUUUUUUUUCAAAUACCGCCUAAAUACUCUAAAUGGGUCAGUAAAUAAUCGCUAAGAAUUUUGGCGCAUAACUUCCACUGGCAUUCGAGAUAUUAGACAAUCUUUCUCCGAGAGAGCACGCAAAAAGAGGAGGGUGGUCAGACAAAAAUUUGUUUUUUGCCCAUAUCUCGGCGGAUUUCGCUUGGAAAAAAAUAAUUUUUUGUGGAAAUAUUAUACUCUACAUCUAAAAGAAAGUCCAAUUUCUUCAAGUCCAAAAUUUCAAAAAAAUUUUUGAAAUUUUUUCAAUUUCCGAUCAAAAAAUCUCAAAAAUUUCUCCAAAGCGCGAGCUAAAAAUUUCAGAAAUUUCUCAGAAAAUUUUAUUCUAAAUUUCUGCCAAGUUUCAGCAAAAUCAAAGCAAGUUUUUUUACUCAAUUUUUUGCCUACUACAAUAUAAAAGAUCCUUUCAGAAUGGCGGGAAGUUCGCUGUACUCGCGGAACUCCUCGUUCUGGCCGUGGAGACCUAUGUGUUCUCGACAUUCAUCGGUUUCAUUGAUGCGUUUGGGGUGUGUCAAGUGAGCUGGUCGCUGUUCAGCUGCGCCUCUUGUUGGAUCGGGUUUUGGCGACGGAAGUAUCACUUUUUCUGGCCAUUAAUCGUUUUGAAAGUAGGGGAAACCCUGUUUUUAUGACAUUGAGAGAUGUGUUUUAGAUCGUCGAAUGUGUAUGCUGCUUGUUGUGGAUCACAUUCAUCCUGUGCGCAAUGUUUUUGGGGAGAUUUGGGCUUAGCGCGCUCAAAUUUGUCAUUUUUUGGAAGUUCAUUCGGGUUGAACGUAAGUUGAAAUUUUGAGGUCGUAUGUUUUUCGUAUUAUCGCAAAAUUUUUGGCAGUUGAAUGUAUUCCCUUGUACUUCAUCUUGGCGAAAAAUGACAUUGCUUGGGCGGAAUCCUCGUAUUUUACAAGCACUCAAAGUCUAAGCACUUUUUCAAAGAAAAUUUUAAAAAAAGUUGAAAAAUUCCAGAAAUUUAGGCCCUCAGGCAGUUAAACUUAAUCCUAUAUUGAAUGUAAACUCUUGCACUUUAUCUUGGCAAAACAUCAAAUUACAUGAGCUUUUUUUCCGUAUUUUACAAGCACUCAAAGUCUAAGCACUUUUUCAAAGAAAAUUUAAAAAAAAGUUGAAAAAUUCCAGAAAUUUAGGCCCUCAGGCAGUUAAACUUAAUCCUAUAUUGAAUGUAAACUCUUGCACUUUAUCUUGGCAAAACAUCAAAUUACAUGAGCUUUUUUUCCGUAUUUUACAAGCAUUCAAAGUUUAUGCACUUUUUCGAAGAAAAUUUUGAAAAAAGUCGAAAAAUUCCAAAAAUUUAGGCCCUCAGGCAGCUAAACUUUGGGCUCAAAUUAUUCAUACAUUCAUGUGCUUCCUAAUCCAUGCGAUUUGUACCUCUCCAAAAUACAAUUCCCCCUUUAAAACUUCAAGAAGCAAGUUUAAGACAAUUUUUCGAAAGAUUUCGACAAAAAUCAGUUUUUGCAAGUUCAUGUCCUCAGGUUACAAAAUUUCUUCCAAAAUCUCUUACAUUGUCCAUACUCUAGUUAUUCCACCCAUGAGAUUUUUCAUAAAAGCAUAUUUUUUUGUGUUUUACUGUAAUCUAAAUUUUGAUGACUAAACAACAAAAAAUCGCAAGAUUCCAAAAAUUUAUGCCCUCAGGAUAUAAAAAUUUUCUCUGGAAUAACUUAUUAGACCUUGGACUUUCUAGUCCACUCAAUUUCCCCCUCUUAAAAUACGAUUUCUCCGCUAAAAAUCGCGUUUUCAGCCUCUCAACUCAUCUCAUUUGUCCUCUUCUUCUUUGUCGUUACAAUACUACUUCUAAUCGCGAACGUUGCAAUAUUGGAUGUGAUUUACCGAGUCCAGCGCUACUAUCGCUACCGAGCCAUGGCCAUCUAUCAGUUGGAGCGACAGGAGAUAAUGCGCAACAUCCUCAGCAAGGACAUGUUCUCCAUGGCCAUUUGA